AGAUAUUAUGGUCGUCGUGCUCGACGCCAUAGAAUCUGAGAAAUUUGACUUUGACGUCGUCGAUGAGGUCGACAUUGAAGUUGACCAUCCUCUCCUUGACUCUCAAGAUGAACAGGAAUUACCCAGAACUCGACGGUUCCCACCACUAUCUCGCAGAGGGCGACGGAUACUUACGCUUACCGUCGUGACUAUGGCUCUUAUCUUGACGGUUGUAUGCAUUAGCUUAGCUGGGAGGAAGAAGAACAAGAAGGAACUUGAGCUCCUUUCGUCCCUCGUUUCGGAUACUGGCAAAGAAAACCAAGGCCUUGGAUUUCUGAACGCCAUGUUGAACACUGAAAGGACGGAGAAGUUAUUCUUGAGUAUACCGUCUACGAGCAGCGCAAUCCAUGCGUCUCACAAGUAUGCGACCCAUCCCCACAUCGCUGGUUCCCCAGAAGAUCUUGAGGAUGCAAAGUCGAUUCUUGAACUCUUCCAAACCCAGUUCGCCAUAUCUGUCCCAGGCGAAGAGCCUAUCUACCCUGCUGGUUCAUCCAAGUCGCGUAAAGCGACACUUGAUAUCGCCCGCCUCAAGGCUCCCCAGGCGUGGAUUGACGUCUACUACCCUAUCAUGAAUCUCCCUUUGGACCAUAGUCUCUCGAUUCUCGACGAGGAUGGCAGUGUCUCAUGGACUGCGGAUCUUGAAGAAGAUGGCGACCACGGCGACCGCGAUGCAGAGAGAUACCGUGAUGCUGUGCCAGUCUUCCAUGGCUUCAGUAAAGAUGGUGAAGUUGAAGGGGAGGUCAUCUUUGCCGAAUACGGCCGCAAGGAAGAUUACGACGCACUUGAGGCGGCGGGAGCUAACCUUACCGGGAAAAUUGUAAUUACGCGGUAUGGUGAAAUCUUCCGUGGUCUCAAGGUAAAGGGAGCGCAGGAACGUGGUGCUGCUGGUGUAAUUAUUUAUUCGGAUCCUCGUGACGAUGGAGCAGUCACCGUUGAGAAUGGCUAUAAGCCGUACCCAGCUGGUCCAGCUCGCAAUCCGACUUCUGUGCAGAGGGGGUCUGUUCAGUUCCUUUCUAUCUAUCCUGGAGACCCAACAACGCCUGGAUACCCUGCUUACGAGAACGCAACGCGCGUUGAAGGUAGCAACAAACCUUCAAUUCCCAGCCUGCCACUUUCAUGGCAGAAUGCUCAGAGACUUCUGGAGGAGAUUGACAGUCCUACUACGAACCGCCAGAUUACUGGUAAACUUAGUGCACGGAAGGUCAAACUCGUAAACCAUGUGGACUACAAGGUCACACCAAUUUGGAACACAAUGGCGGUGAUCCCUGGCCAUAUCAAGGACGAAGUUGUUCUCAUUGGAAAUCACAGAGACGCUUGGGUGCUUGGUGGAGCGGACCCGACCUCGGGCACUGUAUCUCUGCACGAGAUUAUCCGUGGCUUCGGGACGCUUCUGCGAGCGGGCUGGAAACCUCUUCGCACGGUCAUGUUCGCGAGUUGGGAUGCCGAGGAGUACGGUCUUGUCGGCAGUACUGAGUGGGGCGAGGACUUUGAGAAAUGGAUUAAGAGACACGUCGUUGCGUAUCUCAAUACGGACGUAUCCUCAGCUGGUUCACGACUCAAUGUUGCUGGUUCACCUUCACUCGCACCACUUAUUGCUCAGACUGCCAAGGACCUCCCGCAUCCGACGAAGAAAGGCAGGACCUUAUGGGAUGCACUGGAAGAUCAAGGGCCAUACCAAGGGCCAAUGGACCCGGACUUUGAAGUGCAGUACGUUGCUGGUCAAGAGGCAAAGUCUGCUUUGAAGACUGGAGUACCGCCAUUGGGUUCUGGCAGUGACUUUACCGUUUUCUUGCAGCGAAUUGGCAUUGCCAGCUCUGACCAAGGAUUUGGAGGCACUCCCUACGAUGCACCGUAUCACUACCAUUCCAUCUACGACUCAGAGAAAUGGCAGGAAGUAUAUGCGGACCCGGGUUUCCAUAGACACGUCGCCAUCGCGAAGAAUCUUGGUCUCUUGACUCUGCGCAUUGCAAAUGCCAUAGCACUGCCUCUUAACACCACGCAAUACUCUUUGGAACUGGAUGAUUAUUUGGAUGCCGUUGAGAAAAUAGCCCCAGCACAAGUCCCGAAGCCCGAUUUUUCUGCACUCAGGAAGUCCAUUCGUAAUCUCCAGCAAGCCAGCCUUGCACUAGACGAAGAGAAGAGUGAGGCAGAAAUUGAGCUCCGCAAACUUCUCGAGGAGAUGCGCAAGAACAGCGAAAACGGUAUUGAGUGCACAAAACCAAAGUAUAGCCGACUCUGGGAGACAAUUCGUUCAUUUGUUGGUUACAUGUUCGGCUUCCCGCCUCCACCUAAGCACGAUUCGGAUGAGCGCGAGAAGGAGUACGAAGAUGAAGUGGACGAAUGGUUAGGAACUAGGGAUGCAUACGAGCGCGAGAGCAACCGCACAAUGACGGUCGUUUUGGAUCGGCGUGGACACCGACAUGCCCGUCGGCCGCCACCACCACCCGAAUCCAUCGCCAAGAAGUUGCUAGGCGACACUCCCCUGGACAAGUUCGUCGAGGCUGUGAAACGAGUGAGACGCGUUAAUAGGAAACUAUCGUCCUUUGAACGUGGAUUCAUCUCCGAGGGAGGUAUAAAGGAUCGGGAAUGGUACAAGCACCUCGGCGUUGCUCCUGGUAAAUGGCUUGGUUAUGGAGCAACUACCUUCCCAGCUCUCACGGAGGCACUCACCAUUGAACAAAACGCUAGUCUCGCUCGAUACGAAGCAGACCGCUUACAGAAACUCAUCGACAGGCUCGCGUCCCGUAUUGCCGUAUGAACUGAAUGAAUUGUUGUCGGUAUCAUGUAAAACCAUCCGCUCGUUGAUCCGUGUAGCACUCGUUUUCCUUACAAUAUAGUCUGUAUUAGUUUGCUUUGUUACUUGGAUAAAUG